UGACCAAUCAUGAUCGAGUUGUUCCAGGGUCUGCUAGAUACUCCUAGUCCAUGGCGAUAUCAAUACGAGCGGGAGGAAGAGCUUCCUGAAGGAACAUGCCCUUAAGACCUCUAGUUUGGAUGGAUAGAUAACUCACUCUCCAUGCUCCCCUGGUGAUUCAAUGUUUGAUGACUGGUAUCUUUCUUUGAAGCUACUAGUACGCUCUGUGGGCGACCUGCCAUGGAGUGUUGUAACUUCUAGAUGAUCAACAGUGGGAUCGGCCAUUCACCAUGUCGGUUCUAAGUGGAGUUACGCUGAUCCUCGCCGUACUAUUUAUCUCCAUACGACUUGUCCACGCAAUUCCGCAACUCCAGAAGCGCGAUGCCGACUUCUGGAACGUACGGACAUAUCUAACCGAAGACAACAGCGACCGGGGACCAACUCCGGAUGGCGGCCAGAAGUACUUCCACGAAGCAAAGUUCCAUCACCACUACGACGGCCGCUUCGCCGCGCGCGAGCUCCUCGAAGCCGAGCGCCACUACACCCUCCGCCUCCUCGUCAAGACGUACCUCCGCGCCAUGGACGAUCUCGGCGCCGAGACCUGGAUCAUGCACGGGACGCUGCUCGGGUGGUGGUGGAAUGGGCAUAUCAUGCCAUGGGACACCGAUAUCGAUGUGCAGGUCUCGGAGAGUGGCAUCGAGCAUCUGGCGGGGUACUAUAAUAUGACGGUGCAUCAGUUCCAGAUACCGAGGGCGCCGUGGGGAGAGGAGGGAUCGAGUCCGGAUGGUACGACGUUGCCGCAUGUUUCGGGGGGGACGGUGGAGGUGGCCAGCGGGCUGGGCGGUGGGUUGAAGGUACCGGAUUAUAAGCCGGAAAUGAUGGAGGAGGAGAGAGUCCAGCAUCGGAGAUAUUUAUUGGAGAUCAAUCCAUUCUACAAGAACGACUCAAUUGCCGAUAAGUGGAAUGUUAUUGAUGGCAGAUGGAUCGACAUGUCUACCGGACUAUUCAUCGACAUCACGACGCUCCGAACUAACAUCUCGAACCCAAAAAUCAUGUAUUGCAAAGACAAGCACCGCUAUCUCGCCGACGACAUCUUCCCCCUCCGCGACUCCAAGUUCGAAGGCGAACCCGCCAAAAUCCCCUUCGCCUACUCCCAACUGCUGCAGGAAGAGUACGGCCCGCUAAGCCUGAUCUGGAAGAUGUUCAUGGGCCACAAGUUCGAUGAGCGCGUCAAGCAGUGGCUGAUCGACCCGGACUGGGCCGAUCGAGUCCGGAGGAACAAUCAGCGACUAAGGUUACUAGGCGCUACUCGGCGUCGACCGCAGACUUCGAAGCCGAAAACCGCCCUGAAAGAACCCAGCCGGUUUAACGACGGAUGAGUGACCCCGGCGCUGGAACUCAACAUAUUCAUCGCAGAAGCAAUGCGUUGUCAUUCCCCCAGGGGAUGGCCAAAAGGAAAGGUCACGUCGUCUCAUCCGCGUGGCAUUGCCCCUGGUCAGGUG